GUCAAAGUUUACAAGACGCAUCAUCGCCACCAUGCCUGCGAGCGCUGCGAUAUGGACCAACGUCGAGGACGCCAUCCUGACCGCGAGCAUCAGCAAGUAUGGCCUCAACCAAUGGGCUCGUGUGUCAUCUCUCCUCGCCAGAAAGUCUGCGAAGCAGUGCAAGUCCAGGUGGGAGAACUAUCUAUCCCCCGAUGUCAAGAAGACGGAGUGGUCCAAGGAUGAAGACGAGAAGCUGUUGCAUCUCGUCAAGGUUCUUCCUAGCAGCUUCAGGACCAUCUCGAGCAUCAUCGGUCGCUCAGCUCAACAGUGCAUCGCGAGGUACCAACAGCUUCUCGAUGAGGCCGAAAAACGCGAGGAGGGUGAACUGGGACUCACCGGCGACGUAUCCGGCGAUGCUUCUGCGCCGAAGGAAGAUCCGAGCAGGCUGCCCACAGAACUGUAUCCAGAAUUUGCAGCGCCGAAGUUGGAUGCGGUAGACAUGGACGAGGAGGAGAAGGAGAUGCUCAGCGAGGCAAGAGCACGCCUGGCCAACACGCAGGGCAAGAAAGCAAAGCGCAAAGCGCGUGAACGAAUGCUUGAAGAGUCGCGACGGGUUGCGCAGCUCCAGAAGCGCCGUGAGCUCAAGAUGUCUGGCAUCAACAUCAAGAUUCGAACGACGAAGAAAGGCGAGAUGGAUUACAAUGCCGAUGUGCCAUUCCAGCAUAAUGUACCACGUGGGUUUUAUGAUGUGACUGAAGAGGACGAACGCAACGAACGAGAAAGGGCAACCUUUGAUCCUAAAAAGCAGCAGUUGGCGAACAAGCGAAAAGGCGACCAACAGGACGAAGGAGAUGACAGAAAGCGGAAGAAAAUGCAGAAGAAUGAUGGUCCGUCAAUUUCUACCGCAGCCAUGAACGCGGCAAAGGCGCAGAAACUCAGGGAAGCGGAGCGCAGCAGCAUGAGGAGGCCGUUAAACUUACCUGCUCCUCAAAUCAGCGAGGGUGAGCUCGAAGAGGUUGUGAAGAUGGGCAUGACCGGCGAUCGAGCGAACCGUGUUGCCACGAUGGGAGACAACGAAGCAACGAAGGGAUUGGUUGGCAAUUACAGUACCAUGCCCGCGGCGACACCCAUCCGAACGCCGAUGGCCGCCCCAGAAGAGGAUAAAAUUGCCAACGAGAUCCGUAAUAUUCGAGCGCUAAGAGACGCCCAGUCGGCUAUUCUUGGUGGUGAGGUGCCGGAGUCGACAACGAUGGGUGGAGCAGUGCAGCAGCCAAUUGUUACACCCAAUCCGAUGGCUACACCUUUGCGACAAGCGAAUGGUGUUGGCGCCACUCCAGCCAGGGCACCUGGUGCGACGCCCCUACGGACUCCUAGAGACACCUUUAGUCUGAAUAAGCAGAGCGGAGUGGUUGCAAUACCCCAAACCCCCAAGGAGGCCCGGCAGCAGCAGCAGAACAUGCGCAACAGUCUUCUUGCGAAACUUGCUGCCCUGCCGAAGCCCAAAGCCAUAGAAUACGAGCUGGAAAUGCCUGAAGAGCGACUCGAAGAGGGCAAAGUUCAGUCAGAUCUGAGCGAAGAUGCUUCUGUUCGUGACGCGCGCAACAAGCUAUUACGCGAUGCAGCUGAGCUUGCAGAGUUCAAGCGACAGACUCAAGUCGUUCAGCGGAGACUUCCUCGUCCUAUAGCUAUUGAUAUAGACGCGCUCAUCAGGGGUGCCGAGAGUAUAUCUGACGUUGUCGAGAGAGAAGUCGCAAUGGAGUCCGCCCUGCUAAUUGCGAAUGAUGCCGCCAAAUUCGGCGGUUCGCGUGUUACGGGAGCUUUACGACCUCUUCGUGUGUACGAAGACGAGGACAUGCGUAGGGCUCGCGAGCUAGUCGCUCUCGAACUUUCCUCGCACGACGCGCAUAGAGAGAAGGAAGCUUUCACGUCAGCGUGGACAGAGCUGCAUGAAGCACGCAAAGUUCCGGGUCUAGACGGCUAUUACGAAGAUGAGAUUGACGAGCAUCAAAUGAUGAUUGAGACGUUCGAUAAGCUUGAAGAUGCCAUCACGACGACCGCAGAAAAGGGUAACGAGCUGGAGAAGAAGCUGGCCAAAGUGCAGGGCGGCUAUCAAAACCGGGCCAAAAUGCUGCGGAACAAGAUCGCCGAGACGGCAGAGGCGCUUGAAAAGACGAGGAUCAGCCUUAACACUUCGCUGAAUGCACAGAUUGCGGAAGAUGCCGCCGUACCGAAGCGGUUGGAAAGGUUGAGAGACGAGGUCAACUUUGUGAGCAGGAGGGAGAGGGAAGCACAGGAUGAGUAUCGGAAGGUCAAGGACGAACUGGACGGGCUGCCGGAGAUGAAUGGGUAUCACUAAGCCCAGAAGCCAUCGUAGCUCUAACAUAAAGCACGAGGCAAAAAUUGUGUGUGAACAUUUUGUGUCAGAUUAGACCAAGGGAAUCAGGCCCAUCUUCGGCCGCAAGCAUGUUAGGCAUUGAAUCACAUCUGAUCCGUUUUCGGUUUUUCCA